AUGGGUGCUUCAUUUACCAUCUGCUGCCGUCGCUACUAUCGGAAACACAACAGAGAAGAGAAGAAUGCUAUUUUGCGCAUGCGCACCACCGCAACUUCCAGACCACCUGAACAGCUGUCCAGUAGCUCCAGCAACAGUGACACAGAAGAGGAGAGUCUUUUUGGACCUCCACCUUCAAGAAGAAGCCCGUGGGAGAAUCAGGAAAGCCAGAGGAGCAACACAGAUCAGUCGGCCACCUCAAACAGGCUCGAUGGCUCUGUCAUCCGGCGAGGAUCGGACAGAGAGUUAGAAGCUUUUAUCAACAUGAGAGACCAGGCUGACAAAGCUACAGAGGAAUGGGAGAAGCUGAAUUAUGACAUACACACCCUGCGCUACACCAGGCGAGAAGUCAGAUCUCGAUGGAAGAAAAUCCUGCUGCAGUUAGGGUAUCAGUGUGAGGUGGAUGCCUUGCUGUCUGUGAACUGUCAGAGUCUGUUCAGUCGAGAUCAAGAACAUAUCAAUAAAGCGACUGAACUGUUGAAACAGCUGCUUGACUGCACCUCUCUGUUCCCUCCUGGAACAGGAUUUCAGAACAGAUACCUCUUUGUAAUGGACCGGCUGGUGUUACUGGACAGCGCUGAGGACUUUGUCAGAUUGGCCAAAGAAAAAUAUCCCAAGAAAGAUGGCUGA